AUGGUGGCGGCGACUAGAUCACAAACCAAGGAUGCGCCUGGGGCCGCGCAGACAGCUUCAUCAUCCCUGCUGGUUAAUCCUACCGUCCAAGAAAACUGGCCCGCUAAUCCGACGACGCCGGCAGAGUUCAAUGCAUGGAUGGCUGAAACCAAGGCCGCUCUGGAAAAAUGGCUACGCGAAGCUGAGGCCGCGGCCAAAGACCCGGCGAUCGAAGAGACCAUCGACGACUACAACAAAGAAGCGCUGGAGAGAUGGCAACCAUUUGAACGACAAACGGACGUAGAAACAGGCAUCAUCCAUGACGCCACGCAACAAGCGGCGAUGAAAAGAGCCGUACUACGAGAAAGGAGGACGCGCGAGGCUAUACACGACGAGCACAGGACAUGGAGAAAGUUCGUCGAGUACCGAUACGCGCAAUCUGCCUGGGAAGACUUCCUAUACUACCAGAAUGUGUGGAAUAGAAGAGGACACGAUCCCUGGAAGAUAUACAGGGAAACAGCUGCCGAGCAAAGAUAUCAAGAAGCACUUGGAUCGCUCAGCGCGCAAGCAAGAAGAGAAGGCGGAGAAUCGGAUCCAAAUGAGGACACAGUAGGAAGACCACCAAAAACCCACCAGGCCCAGGAAUCAAAGACUCACAAGCCCGGUACAAACAACCAGAACAAGCUCGACCGAACGAAGAUCAACGCCUACACCGACGCCUUCCACGACCCUUACAUGGUAUGGGUAAAGCACAUGAUCGACCUGUACAAAGGAGCGUGUCUCGGAUAUCGAAAGCGCGUUCCUGGCGUUGUGGCUCCUGAGAAUGCGCAUCGGUAUAGCCAACCGCCUCGUGGUACUACGCCGCGGAGUACGCCACGCUAUCACCACCGCCGUCGUCAUAUCGAAGAAAGGUUUCCGCGUGUGAGACGGCAGCAGAUAGAUAGGGCGGAGGAUGAAGAGGAGUAUCGGACGAAAGCGCAGAGAAGCCGGGAUAUGCGGCUCGAAAGGAGGGGUAGAAUGCAGGCGAUUACAUGGAGUAUCGACGAAAAAGCGUACGAGAGAUUGAGAGCCGAGAAGGAGAAGGAAUUCAGCCGCAAUCCGCUCACAAUCAGUUUACUACCAGAAGGUCACAAAACCCACCACGGCAGUCUAGAAACAAGUUUCAACUGGCCCACAUCCUUCGACACCCCCGUCUCCACCAUCCUCAAGACCAUAAAAACGCGAGACCACGUCUACGAACCCCUCAGCGACACCGAACACGACCCCGAACACGACCCCGAACACAGCCCCUCCGACCCCAGCCGCAGAAAAAGAUUCUUGGGCUACAAGAAGUCCGAAAACGGACAGCGUAUCAAGAAAAUCGACAAAAGACCACACUACCAGCGCGAAAUCCACAUGCGCGAAGGCCUCGUCUUCGAACACCAGAUGCUUGCCGAUGGAGCGGUAAAAGGUCGGGACCGCAACGGUGAAUGGAUUGGAGAUUGGGUACCGGGCCAGAUAGCAACGCCCGUUUGGGUUUACGAUGGAGACGGUGAGCGUAUUCCCUUGCCACCGCGACAUGAAUCAAGGAACAGAUUCUCGACUUUCCUGGUCAAGGAAUCGCAUAUUAGGGAGACGCGGCGCCAGCGCCAGCAAGAUGCAGGACGGGAGUAUGAGUUAUCGGAUGAUGAAGAUGAGGCAUGUGUAACCUCGAAUGCCAAUUUUUCGAGAUCGGGCAAUGUGAACCCCGAUUUGUUGGGGAAUCCUUGGGCGUACAACAUCGACAGCGACGACGAAGGGGAAGGUGUUGAUCACCCUGGUGAUAGCGAUGAUGACGAUAGUGAUGAUGACGGCGAUUUGUUUGCGGAGUCGUAUAGAGAGUGCUCGGAGAGUCCUGCGACGAAACGGGCGAGGGUGUUGUUGGAGGAUAUGCGGGAGAGGUUUGGUGUGCUUGGGGGCUGGACUGUUGAGACUGUUAGGGAUUUGCAACGGGAUGGUAAUGAUGGUUCUGUGGUUGUUGGGGAUGAAGAGAUUAUGGAUUGGUAUCAGGACGAGGCGGAAAGGCCGUAG